GUCAGUCGUCCGCGAGUUGUCUUCCAUACCGGUCCGUUGUAGGUGCACGUAUACCGACAUAGCACUUUUUGUCAACGAUUUUCAUUCAUAAAACUCAUCCAUUUCGAGGGGAGACGUGCGCUAUCGAUUUUUGUCGGCAUCUCGCUCACGCCAGUGCUGAGUGUAGUAGGAGGGUGUGAGAACGAUAGCCAACAAGUUUGAAGACAUCUUUUGGAUUUGGAAGAUAAAUAAUCACAACAAACGUGGAUCGAUGCAGAGGACAGAAUUUCAUUAUAGUAUUUAAUAUAAAAGUACACUACAUGCUCAGUUUACCAAUUUGCAUGGUGUUACAGUAAUACAUUAUGGAGGUUAACAGCCAAAAGAAAUAAGAUUAAGUGGUGUUCGUGUUCCAGAAGAAUCAGUAAGUGAGAGUAAGAAUCUGAAUAAAGUGCUUGUGCAAAAUAGGUGCAAUUCUAUGUCGUGUUCCUAAUCCCUAAUUCUCAUACCACACAAAACAAACAAUGAAUCUCAGUCAAUCUCAAACCAUGUCGUCAUUGCUAGCGCUAGUUCUGUUAUUACUCACAUUCCACACAGUCAGCACGGAGCUUUUCACUGCACUGGCUGAUAUGGAAGAAUUGUUGGAGACUGAAUCUGUUCUGAUAGCAAAUUUAGAUAAUUACAUCCGGGUGCAAGAGAAUAAACUCAACCAGCUUAGGAGGAAAAGUGCCGAAUACCAGCGAGAGCACUCAGAAGCGGCCAAAGAUGCUGGUGUGUAUCUAUCAAAUCCGGUCAACGCUUUCCUGUUGACCAAACGGCUCACGACCGAUUGGCGUGAAAUUGAGAACCUUAUGUCCUAUGACGUUGGAUCGGAAUUUCUGGUGAACGUUACCAACUACAGGGACGUACUCAAAUUCCCGUCGGACGAGGAUCUGAAUGGGGCUGCAGUGGCAUUGAUGCGAUUACAGGACACAUACAAACUCGACACAGCCUCCGUUGCUCGCGGGGAGCUGAAUGGAAUUCAGUACAGUACUGAAAUGACAGCCGGGGAUUGCUUCGAACUGGGACGACAGACCUACUUAAAUGGUGACUAUUACCACACGGUCCUGUGGAUGCGAGAGGCAAUGGAUCGUCUUUCGCAUGAAGUCAACCGAACCACAACGAAAGCUGAUGUGCUGGAAUAUCUGGCAUUCUCAACGUUUAAGCAAGGAAAUGUUCAAACGGCUCUGGUUAUGACUAACGAGUUGCUGGAACUUGUGCCGGAUCACGAGAGGGCAGUCGGAAACAAAGUUUACUAUGAAAAAGAGUUGGAAAAGGAGGCGCAGCAGAAGGCAUUUCGCGGAGACGAUGGCAGCGAAGAUGUACCGGUAGAUACUACAACACAAAUCCGCACCGAAAGUAAUCCACACGUGUACGAUACCUCGGAACGCAAACUCUACGAACAACUUUGUCGGGGAGAAGCCGGACGCGCUGUCGCUGAUACGUCUAAGUUAAAGUGUCGGUACGUCACAAAUAAAUCCGCCUUCUUGAAGAUUGCACCACUAAAGCUCGAAGAAGCGAACCUGAAGCCAUAUAUAGUGGUUUAUCACGAAGUCAUAUCAGACGCGGAGAUCGAACUUGUCAAGCGUCUGGCUAAGCCACGGUUUAGACGAGCGACGGUACAGAACUACAAAACGGGUGAGUUGGAGGUUGCAAACUAUCGAAUUAGUAAAUCGGCAUGGUUGAAGGAUCAAGAGCAUCCAUACAUCAAGGCUAUUGGGCAAAGGGUGGAAGAUAUGACUGGACUUACUAUGACUACGGCUGAGGAGCUACAGGUAGUCAAUUAUGGUAUUGGCGGUCACUACGAGCCACAUUUUGACUUUGCUAGACGGGAGGAAACGAAUGCUUUCAAAAGUCUCGGGACUGGAAAUAGGAUUGCAACCGUUUUGUUCUAUAUGACCGAUAUCGCACAAGGAGGAGCCACUGUGUUUCCCAGUAUACGAGUGGCACUGCAGCCAAAGAAGGGGACGGCUGCUUUCUGGUUCAAUCUGCAUGCAUCGGGCCAAGGCGACUAUUCCACGCGGCACGCAGCAUGUCCUGUCCUAACCGGUACUAAAUGGGUGUCAAACAAAUGGAUCCACGAACGGGGUCAGGAAUUCCUAAGACCAUGCGAGCUGCGACCGGACCACCCGGAAGAAUUUUGACAGAAUAUAGUUUAUGAAGAUGAAUUGGAUGAGCUGAGUGAGGAUGAAGAAGAAUUGAGCGAUUUCACGUGAACUGAAAGAUACGAGUUGCCAUGUCAUGGAUUUCUUCCCAGUGGAGAAACGAACUUUACCAAAAUAGUACAUUAAGAUAAAGAUUUUAUAUAUAUAUUUUUUAGAAAAUGAACAACACCAAAAUUCACUCUUUCGUUUAUCAUUUCAAAUUUCAUGUAUAUCCUUCUUUCAUGUAAGUUAAAUGCAUUUAAGCUGCUAGUUAUCUUUGUUUCAUGAAGCAUAUUUGAAACUAUUUUUUUCGAAUUGAACUGCCAUCAGUUCUUAAAGUUUUUUUAAAUGCACAGUAAAACAGAUAAAUCAAUAGAUCACUGCUUUGAUUCUGUCUUACGCAUCAUGUACUUGACGUUGAAUU